UGCAGUUCAAGAGUGACAACAUGUCGCCCUCUCACAGCAAAGAUGCAUGCAUGGGUGCAUCGGCCAGGACGGGCAUGAGCAGUUGAGCACCAUGCCUGAAGUGAUUUCUCCGGCGGUCCGGCCUCCUUCCCUGGCCUGCCCGGCCCUCUAAUGGCAUUAACUGCCACCCACCACCCACCCACCAUCUCCUCCCCUACCCGGCCUUCUCCUCUCCCCUCCUGCUAAUAUCAAUAGUGGCCGGACCCUCUCAUCUCUCCUCACUGCUGCCUUGUGACUCUGACCGGCACUCAUCCAUCAGCUGAGAGAGCACAAGGCAGGAGAGGAGAUCGAGGCCAUGGCGCGGGAGCAGGCGCUGCUCUCGACGGAGAUCGUGAACCGGGGCGUGGAGCCGUCGGGCCCGGACGCCGGCUCGCCGACGUUCUCGGUGCGCGUGCGCCGCCGGCUGCCGGACUUCCUGCAGUCGGUGAACCUCAAGUACGUGCGGCUGGGGUACCACUACCUGAUCAGCCAUGGCGUGUACCUGGCCACCAUCCCGGUCAUCGUGCUGGUCUGCGGCGCCGAGGUGGGCAACCUGAGCCGCGACGAGCUGUGGCGCAAGGUGUGGGGGGAGGCCACCAACGACCUCGCCACCGUGCUCGCCUUCCUCGUCGUCCUCGCCUUCACCAUCUCCGUCUACAUCAUGUCCAGGCCCAGGCCCGUCUACCUCAUCGACUUCGCCUGCUACAAGCCGGCCGACGAGCUCAAGGUGUCGAAGGCGGAGUUCAUCGACCUGGCGCGCAAGUCCGGCAAGUUCGACGAGGACAGCCUGGCGUUCCAGUCGCGGCUGCUGGCCAAGUCCGGCAUCGGCGACGAGUCCUACAUGCCGCGCUGCGUCUUCGAGCCCAGCACCAACUGCGCCACCAUGAAGGAGGGCCGCGCCGAGGCCUCCACCGCCAUGUUCGCUGCGCUCGACGAGCUCUUCGACAAGUGCCGCGUCCGCCCCAAGGACGUCGGCGUGCUCGUCGUCAACUGCAGCCUCUUCAACCCGACCCCGUCGCUCUCCGCCAUGAUCGUCAACCACUACAAGAUGCGCGGGAACAUCCUCAGCUACAACCUCGGCGGCAUGGGCUGCAGCGCUGGCGUCAUCGCCAUCGACCUGGCUCGCGACAUGCUACAGGCCAGCGGCGCCGGGAUCGCCGUUGUCGUCAGCACGGAGGCCGUCUCCUUCACGUGGUACCCCGGGAAGCGCCGCUCCAUGCUCAUCCCGAACGCCUUCUUCCGGGCUGGAUGCGCCGCCGUGCUGCUCUCCAACCGGCGCCGCGACUUCCACCGCGCCAAGUACCAGCUGGAGCACGUGGUGCGCACGCACAAGGGUGCCGACGACCGCGCCUUCCGCUCUGUGUACCAGGAGGAGGACGAGCAGCGGAUCAAGGGCCUGUCCAUCAGCCGCGACCUCCUGGAAGUGGGCGGGCACGCGCUCAAGACCAACAUCACCACCCUGGGCCCCCUCGUGCUGCCCUUCUCCGAGCAGCUCCUCUUCUUCGCCGGCGUGCUCUUUCGCCACCUGUUCCCGUCCAAGACCUCCACCCCGCCGCCACCGACCACCCCCGGGGACGCGUCGGCGGCCGCGCCCUACAUCCCGGACUUCAAGCGCGCGUUCGAGCACUUCUGCAUGCACGCGGCGAGCCGCGACGUGCUGGAGCACCUGCAGAGCAACCUGGGCCUCCGCGACGCCGACCUGGAGUCCUCCCGCGCCGCGCUGCACCGCUUCGGCAACACCUCCAGCAGCAGCAUCUGGUACGAGCUGGCGUACCUGGAGGCCAAGGGCCGCGUCCGCCGCGGCGACCGCGUGUGGCAGCUCGCCUUCGGGUCCGGGUUCAAGUGCAACAGCGCCGUGUGGCGCGCGGUGCGCCGCGUGCGCCGCCCGUCGUGCAGCCCCUGGCUGGACUCCGUCGACCAGUACCCGGCGCGCAUGGACGCCUAAGAGAAAGCUGAGUGAGAUCCUCUUCUCACGCCGUGCAGAUUGCAUGCUACUCCACUAAUGAUGGAUCAUACGAACGCUACAUUAUAGGACGCGAUUUGCAUGUUAACUGCAUGCAUGCAGUCAGUAUUGUUAAGGUACGUUUGAGCUUUGCUUUGUGUUGGUUUAAUUAGCAGCUGAGGUUAAGAGAGAGACUGCUGCCAUAAUGUAUGCGCUCGAGUGCGCGCCAGUUCGUGUCAUGUGUGAACUUGAAGUUAUCUACGUGCAAUUUUAAUCUGUUUAAGACUUGAAGAA